GGUCACUGGGAGUAAUUUCCACAGCUGUCUCUUGAAGGUCAUCGCUGCCAGAAAUGGAACAUGAAGCUGACGGUCUGCUUUGGAGACACAAAGGUCGUGGUUCCUUGUGGUUCAGGGAACUUAACGGUUAGAGACUUGACUCUUAGUGGUUUGAGGAGGGUUAGGCAUACUUUACCGAAGCUCGGACCACAGGAUCGCAUUGUCGUCCACAGCAUCAAUGUUGCUAGAGAUGGUGGUAUGCUUGAUUGGGAUGAUUUGGUCUGCGAUGUGGUAGACGAUCGUGAAAUGGUUACUGCUCACUUUUCGGUCGCCACCUUAUCAAACAAUAUCAAGGAUUCUUGUCCAAAUCGACCCUCAACUGCCCUUGAUUCUAUAUUUCAAUCACUUUCCACACCCUUAGUUGUCGAUUUAUGUUCUGAUAGUGCUAUCGAGCCUUCAUUUCAUAGUCCCAUCCAGUCUAGCGGGGCUAGUGAAUUUAGAGAUAGUGGAUUAAAUCUCGCACCUCCUUGUGGAACUGGAUUAAGACAAACUGACAUCAAUGGUCAUAUCGCAGACAGGCUUCUGCGUAUCGGAGAUGGAAGUACAAGCAGUAGUAACUUAAGUUUAAAUCUAAGUAAUGAUAGCUGUGGGUUGCAUCAACCAAAUGGAGCGCAUACAUCCCAGUUCCCUGGUGAUAUCCACGAAUGGCUUCUGAAUGAGUCUUCCCAUGAUUCUAAUGCAGCGCUGCAUCCCAACAUUAAAGUGAAUUGUGUUUCAGAAGUAUCCUCUUCUGGCAAUAAAGAGAAAUGUUUUACAACCUCUUCAGCUUCUCAGUCACCACCUACUUGCUUCAAUACACUAUCAAGUACUUGUGAACGACUGAAAAGUUCUCCAGUUUCGUGCAAUAAAUCCUGUUCGAAUAUUAUCACCAUAAAUGAUACAGCAAUUUCAAAGCAUUGUCAAAGAACACUUUCACCGAAUGUCUUUGAAAUGCUUUCAAAUGUCCUAUCUCGCCGUCGUGAUCUUAUUGAGUCUGGUUGGGAUUCUGAUGAUGAAGAUGAAGAUGCAUUUGAUCCUGAUGGAGGCUAUUCAUACGAUUGCCAAGUAGGUGAACAGCAGAAUGAAUUUGUGUCAUUACCCAAUGGUGAUACUAUCCUUCACUCAGAUACCAUAAACAAUAAUUCAGAUAUAAUACCUAAUUCUUUACCUGGAGGAAACCACUGUUGUUUAGAUGUCACAGAAAGUAAUAGUCACCAUGGAAAUACUAACGAUAACUUUUCGACUGUAAGAUAUCCCUCGGUGACUCUUACACCAAGCGGAACUUGUGAUAGACCAAGUAAUCACCCUGUUUUAUCAAAUGCAGAUAUUUGGCCUCUCCCACCUCCACCUUUUUCUGCUUCCGAUGUUCCACAUGUUAAUAUUCCUACUAAUCUCCCAUGUAGAGUACAUUCUCCAGAAGACGAAUAUCAUAUAGGUAUAAAUACUGAACGACUGAUACGUGCAGUUCAAAGUCAUAAUUCAUUUUCAAGUUCGAAUGGUUCCGACCGAUUUUGCACAACUUCAGACAUAGUGUCUAAUUCAUUAGUCAGUCAUUCAGAACUUCGAAAUCCCCUCAGUUAUUCUCAGCCUAAUUUGGUCACACAGUAUGACGAUUCUAUUCGACAACAAAAUAUGCAACAUUUAUCGAAUACUCAUAUAGUAGAAAAUAAUAUGGUUAGUAAUUCAUUACAUCAGUCAAGACCGGACCAUGUACAGUCUCAAUACUCACACACAUGUAAUAUCAACUCAACAAAAUCCCUUGUUAUAACAAGUCGUCCUGUUGGCGGUCUCUCCUAUUCUCGAACAACAACACGUUUAGGAACAGCAUUUCAAAGCAAUUUAACUGUUCCAACUAUAGUUGAAGAAGAAGAAGAAUAUUCGGUAGAUUCCGAAAGACAACUUCCGAAUUUGCCGGAAUAUGAAACAGAACACCAAUUUAUCGACAUGUUAAAGUCUAGAACUAAUCCUCUACUUAAUAAUAAUAUUGAUAUUAAUGAAGCAAAUGAGGAAGAUUAUCCACUUCUACGUAAAGAUUAUGUUUUGGAAAAAGAUCAAACAUCUGUCCAAAAAUGCGGUGUACUACAUGUGAAUACAAUUAAUAAUGAUAAAUGUAAUCCUAGUUCAAAUGAAUUACACUUGUCCAAUCUUCAAUUUCAUUCAAAUGAUAAUCCAUUAAUAACAAAUAACCAUUCUAUUCGUGGUCUACCUAAACCGGAUGUAAUUCGUUGGCUUGAAAAUACUCGUGAUGCUACUAUAAGUAAUAAUUGUCAAGUUAUAAGUAAAUCUGGUUUAUCACAUCUUUCAUCAUCUGCAUCAUUAAAUCAAUCAGAUUUCAAUACAGAUGAUCAUCAAGCAAUUAAUGAAGUACCUGAAAAAAUAUCUUUGAAUAUCAUUGAAUCACCUUCGGUGAAUAAAUCUCAGGAAUCAAUAAAUAGUAAAGACUCAGUAGUGACAAUUCGUCUGAUAAAUACUAAACGUGGUGAAAAUUUAGGUAUACAAAUUAAACCUGUCUUUUCGGAUGUCUUUAACUCUAACAAUGAUAAUUGUUCAGAUAAUAAUGGCGGAUCAAGAAUUGAAUGUGGUCUUGAAGUUCAUUGUAUUUUACCGAAUGGGCGUGUAGCACGUGAACAAUGUUUAUCUGUUGGAGAUCGGAUUUUAAGUAUUAAUGGAAUUUCAUUAAGCGGUAUACCAUUUGAAAAGGGUCGUGAUAUAUUUCAAGAGGCAUUAAAUGAACCAGAAAUAAUACUUCGUGUACUUCCUCAUUCAGCCUACCAAUACAGUUCUUCACUAUCUAUACAAAACAUUGAUAAAAUAAACAGGACAACUACAGAGAAAUCAGAGAAACCUUCAUGUGGUCUAAUUGUUAUCGUAUCCGAUCCAUUGUCUAAAGCUAAAGAAGUUGAAAUAAAAUCUAGUUCAAAUCAGUUAAAACCUAUACCACCACCACCACCUCGUCGUUCUCCCAACACUGUAUUAACUCGUAUUCCAGAAGGGAUUAUUAAACCAUUAAUUGACGAAUUUUUAAAAGAGAAAAAACAACAAGAAAAUAAUAACAAUCAAUUACCAUCAUCACAAGAACUAACAAAAUCUGUUGUCAACUCACAAACAAAUAUUGUUAAUAAUAAUAAUAGUGAUGAUUUGCACACAUUUACUUAUCAUACAAUUCAUUUAUGCAAAGGUUCUAAUGGAUUGGGAUUUAGUUUAACUAGUCGUGAUUCAUUGACAUCAUCGGGUCAAAAAGUUAUCUGUGUGAAAAAUAUACUACCAGGUGGAGCAGCUCUAAUCGAUGGCCAAUUAAAACCUGGUGAUCUUCUAAUGAAGGUUGAUAAUAUUGAUGUGAAUGAAAUUGGUCAAGCACAAACUGUCGCAUUAUUACGUAGUAAACCUGUAAAUACUUUUGUUACUUUAGUUGUCAAACGAUCAAGAAAUAAUUCCCAUAAUGCAGAUAUCAAUAAUAAUAAUAAUAAUAACAAUAAUAAUAAUAAUAAUGACCAUAAUAAUCUUGAUCAAGCAUGUCUACCUGAUUUGAAAACUAUGCAACCAUCUGUUAUCUGUACAAUAGCAUCAAGUUGUUGUAUAAAUACUGUAAAUGAACAACCAACAAAAUCAAUAUUAUCUUCAAUAUCCUCAUUAUCAUCAACAUCACAACCAAUAACACAACAACAUAAUGAAAGAGUGAUUGUGGAACAACCAUCUAGUCAUGAUAUAAAAAUACCUGAUAAGCUAUCAGAAUGGAAUUGUUGUUCAUCCGACAUCUCUCAAAAAUUCCAUCCCCUUCCACCUUCACAUCCUUCAUAUAAACUUCAUGAAAUCGAUUCAUCUCACUGGUCAAUUUAUUUAUUGAAUAUACAUUUACCUUUGACAAAAGCCAAUGAAUCCGAUAAAAUUACAACAAUACGACAAUAUACAGAUUCUACUGUACAUCAAUCAACAGUUAAACGACAUACAGGUAAUCCUGUCACCUUAGGUGUAAGUGUAUCAGUAAGACGCUUGUCAAAUAAUUUUUGUGUUAAUAGCAAUGAUGCCCUUGGUGGUGGACUCAGUAGUUCUACUACUGCUACUGCUAAUACUACUUUUACUGUUAAUGAAAAACAUUCAAGUGUACAAAUUGAUAAAACUAAUGAUUCACAAUGGAAUGCUGUCUUUGUAAGAACUGUAAUUGAUGGUGGUCCUGCUUAUCAAGAUGGACGUUUACAAGUUGGUGAUCGUUUAUUAACUAUAGAUGGUCAAAAUUUAUCUGGAUUAUCUACUACUGAUGCACUUAAUCGUCUAAAAUCUGUUAUUGCAAAAGAUUUGAAUGAAUCUCCUCAUCCAUGUGUUCAUCUUUUGAUUGCUCGACCUCGGGAUGGAAUUGAUCCAGAUAAUUCUUAUGCAAAUUCUAUGGAAAAUAAAAGUGAGAAUGCAAUGAAUAAAAUCACCAGUUCUAAUCAGCGUAAAUCUUUCUCGGAAGUGGCAACAAAAGAAUCACAUAAUGAUAAUAGUGCUAAUUCAAAACCGCUACUAGUCUCUGCUGUAGUACACUCAUCGGAAUCUGUUUCAAUGGCCGGGGGGAAUUCACAUGAUUCAUGUAAUCUACCUGGAAAAUACUCUUUAUCAACUAAUCAUCUUGCUGUAACCAACUUAUCACCGUCAUCAUCUUCUCAGUCCAGUGAAGAAAUGUCAAAAACUUUGCAUUUAAAAUCAAAUACUUAUAAUUCUACUGUAAAUGUCAAUAAUUCCCAUGAAACUACUACCAAAUCUGCUUCUUCAUCAUUAUUAAUAUGUAAUACAAAGACUAAUGAAAACAACGAUGAAAAUAUUGAUGUCAAUAGGACUAAUUAUCAUGAUGAUGCUAAUAACUGUAAUACUGUUACUAAUUCCCUCAUUAUUAAUAAUAGUUUUCAAUGUGAUUCAAAAACAGUUAACAUUGAUUAUUGCGCGAUGAAAAUAGUUCAAAUCCCUGUAACUUCCUGCUCAACUCUUAAACAUUUAGAUUCCAUUCCUUCAUCUAAUUCAAAUGGUACAUCUGAGCAUAGUCAUCAUCAUUAUCGUCGUCGUCAUCAUCACUAUCGCGAUAAUGAAAAUUUCUAUCUUAAUUCAAAGAGCUGUUAUAGUAAUUUAGAACAAGAUUCAAAAAAACGGUUAUCGAAUUACUCAUCGUCAUCAACAGAAAUAUUAUGUAAUUAUCAAAAUAAUUUAUGUAAAUACCGAUCGAAUGAUAACAUUGUUAUUGAUGAUGAUCGUGACAGUGAUGAUGAUAUGGAUCGUGAUAAGUCAUCGAUGAUAUGUUAUCAAUACUUAACAGAUGAUUCCGAUUUGAAUUAUGAUGCUACUCCUCCUCUGUCGGAUCCUGAAACUGAACGUUAUAGUUAUAAAUUAGAUUUACUCAGUGAAUUAAGUCUUUCUUCAGUCUCUGGCGCUGCUGGUGACCAAAUAUUAAAAAUGAAUAUUCAGAAAAAUCCAAUAACCAAUAAAUCCACUUUACAUAAAUGUUACUAUACACAUGGUAAAUAUUUAAUUGAUAAGAAAUGUAAAUAUCGUGUUGUAUAUCGUCAACCGAGAAUAGACUUUAGUCAAAUGGUACUUGUACCAUUUGAUCCAGCCUCAUGGAAUGGUCCAGUGUUAAAACCGAGAACAGCGUUGAACUCAGAAGAACUACAACUUAUUGUCGAUAUGCCGAAUUCAUUUUCUUCUUUACAAAAUAAUAAUAAUAAUGUUGAACAACCUGAUAAAAAUAUAGAAAGAAGAGGGCAUGAUUCUGUUGUUGAUGUUGAUAGUAUGUGUAAUAAACAAAAUGCAAAAUGUAUCGAUAAUGAAACUGUUCGUGUGAGAAAAACACAUCCAAAAACUGUAAUCAGUAAAUUAUUCAGUCUAGUUAAAACAACUACUCAUCGACGUACUAUUGGUGAUCAGAAUACAAUAUCAGAUUUCGAAAAUAAUACAGAAUCUCAAUUACCUACAGAUGAUAACGUUCAAACAAUUUUAUCUAGUGAAAAUGUUAAUGAUAUUGAAAAAAGAAAUAAUUGUUUAAUCAAUUUGCCAAAUAAUACAAAUACACUUUCAACCAUGCAAAAUAAUUUAUAUGUAGAAAGUUCAGCAAAGAACUUGCUUAAACCUCAAUCGGAUCAGUCAAUCGACUUACAACUUUGUGCAAACAACAAAAUUACUAAUCCUAUCGAAAGAUCAUCACGUUCAUCUUGUUAUUCAACACUUCAUGAAAGACUUGAACCUCCAAUCCAUAUCUAUGAUACUGCACAUAAUAUUCAAAUAAAUAACACUAAUGAUCACAAAUCUGAUUUAUCGAAUCCAAGUAAUGAACAAGUAACAUUACUAGAUGCGAAAUAUCCCUCUUCUUUUGCACCUCAGUCUAAUAUUAUUCAAACAACUACAGAAAAUGUGGUUGUAAAUCAACCCGAAGAUACCAGUUUAACACAAUUACAAACAACAAAGUAUGCUGAUUUAUCGUUUUUACCAAAUUCAUCUUUAAAUAGUCCGUUACCAUGUAUGCCAUUAUUAUUGACAGAUACCACAAGUCAGUCACUCCACAAACCCCUUCUGAUAAUUAAAGAGUUAACAAGUCAACAACAACAGCAGUCACAACAUCGUUCCAUCUCUUCUUCUAACCAACAUCAUCUCACUAGUUUAUCUAAAAGUGCUGUGAAUCGUCUGUAUGAUAUUGAAAUCAGCUCAUGUUCAACUGCUUAUGAAUCAGUUAUGGAGUAUACACCAACUUGUGAUGAUGUUACUUCCAAACAGAAAACAACCAGAGAAGUUUACGAAGAUGCUGAAGUAUUAUAUCGACACUUAUCUGAUUUGAAACAAUUCUGAUAUACAAACAAUAGUAAUAGAUUCAUCUCAUUAUCAUUAAUAAAUUUUUUUUACAAUCUUCAUAUACAUACAGUUUGUACACAAAUUAUUAGUUCUCUGAAUCAAAAAUAUUAUCUGUGUAUGUGUAUUGUCACAAAAAACAAUAUACCUUAUAAAAUUCUAUAUUCAAACAUCACUUCCUAAUUCUUUCUACAUUCAACUAUCUAUAUAUUUAUUGACAUUACUCUCGUUAGUACUGCGAUUACUGUUUUUUUAUUACUAUUAUUAUCGUGAUAAUUAACACGUAUUCUUAAUCAUUAUUCAAGAGACAAACUUAUAAGAUUCUGUGAUGAUGGCGAAUACUUAAUAAGCAUAACGCAAUUCAACUUAAUGCUUAUAUGUUAAAUGUGAUGAUAAUCGUUUUUAUGCAUUUGUUUUGUAGAAUAUAAUGGGAUUUAUACAGAAUAGGUAGGGGUUCGGUAAUCAAUGUGGAUUCCUCUUAAGAUAUUCAUGUGUUAUAUGCAUUUCAUACAUUUUUGUCCUGUUAUCCUAUUAUCAUUAUUAUUCUUCUAUUAUUACUAACUUCAUCACUAAAAAUAUUUUAGCAUUUAUUAUCUUAAUUAUAAUGAUGAUGACGAUCACUAUCAUUAUUAAGAAAGAAUAUUCUUUCAACUGUUUUCGUUUCUAUACACACCUCCUACAAACGAACCAACCACCAAGACACGUGACUGUCUACAAUGGUCGGGUAGAUUUGUUUUCCUUUUUCUCUUUUGAUAGUUGUAUUUUCACGGCUAAAAGUGCAACUUUGAUGAUAAUAAUAAUAGUAAAGAUUAGAACAAUGAAUAACCUUGUCUCGUAAAAAGAAAUUGACGUAUUAUUUGUGGAAAAUUCUCUAAAACAUUUUUUUCCAAUGUGAAUAAGAGGAUGAUUGAUGAUAGCGAUAUGUUAUGUUAUAUCAGAAAGUGCUGUGAUUCUUUUAACUUAAAAUCACAUUUAACAUUAUUAUCAUUUUUCGUAUCUUCGGUUGACGUGAUCAGAAUUACACAAAAGCCAACUGUAAACUAUUGAUAUACCAUUAUAACUCGCAUUUUACUCUCCAUUAUACUUCAUGUUUGUAAUUCUAUAUCUCUUCGUUUUUUGUUUUGUUUUCAAUAAGAUGGUAACCUUGCAUUUAUUUAACAACGAUGAUCUUAUUCAUACAUGACUUCGUUUACAGUUUUUUUUGUGUUACUUUACAAUUUACAAACCCAAAAACUACUUGAAACUCAUAGAUUAAAAAUAAAGCAUUUGAUAAUUUUUU